GUGAGGAAACGUUCAAGAGAUGUGAUUUUAACUGCUACGGUUAGCCUACAGAGAAAGGUCGAAAUCCAGCACAACUAAUAAGUAUUUAUUUUUGUGCGUCAAUGGGUUUUCGUCUCAACUUGUUAUUAGAAUCUUUUGAGCUCUCCCACAGAGAAACAAAACGAUAUACCCUUAAAACGUUUGAGAAAAUGCAUCAAAGGAAGGAGUACGAAGAGGUUGAGUCUACUUUACGCAAAAAAAUGGUUCGUCCUUAUUCUGAAGCCCUCCACUCCACACCCCACCUCACCCCUUCCUCAACUUCCCCAAUUACUAUAAAGAUGCCCCACUUUCUUCCUCAUAUCCCCACCUUCUCCUCCUGCUCUCUUGAUUUCUUCUCUUCUUCUUUUUCUUCUUCUUCUUCUUCUUCUUCUUCUUCUGUUCUGUUUUUUUCUCUCUCGUCUCUUGCUUGUCAAGUAAAUCCAAGCUCAAUUGAAGUUGGACCCUUUUUUCGUAGUCCAAUUCCUUUCUUCCCAUUUGACGUUUUAGUCUUUUUGGGUCUGAGGGUAGAUGGAGAAGCUCAACUUCGUUAGGGAUGGUGUGAUGAAAUUGCCACCUGGCUUCCGAUUCCACCCAACUGAUGAAGAGCUCGUCGUUCAAUACUUGAGGCGCAAAGUACUUUCUUGCCCUUUGCCGGCUUCCAUUAUUCCAGAGGUGGAUGUUUGCAAAUCCGACCCCUGGGACUUGCCAGGGGACUCUGGGCAAGAGAGGUAUUUUUUCAGCACAAGGGAAGCGAAAUACCCGAACGGGAACCGGUCCAAUAGAGCAACUGGUAACGGCUACUGGAAGGCAACCGGAAUAGACAAGCAAAUCUUGACAUCUAGGGGUAACAAAGUCGUGGGGAUGAAGAAAACUCUGGUUUUUUACAGAGGGAAGCCUCCACAUGGUUCUAGGACUGAUUGGAUCAUGCACGAAUACCGCCUCGUUGAUGCUACUGAAAUCCGGCAGAAAAAGAACUCAACCCAGACUGUAAUGGAAGAUUGGGUAAUUUGCCGCAUAUUUUUGAAGAAAAGGGGCACUAAACAUGAGGAGGAGAUGACAAAAUCCUACAACUGUGAGAAAGUUGGGAGUGUGGGGGAAAAUGGGCCUGUUUUCUAUGAUUUCUUGGGUAAGGAGAGGACUGAUUUGAAUCUGAUCCCUGUGUCAUCCUCUUCGGGUUCGAGUGGGGUCACAGUAGUCUCUUCUCAUGAAUCAUCAGAUCAUGAUCAUGAUCAUGAGGAAAGCAGUAGUUGCUAUAGCUUCUCCUCCAUUAGAAGAAAACCCUUGGCUUAGAACUUUUUUCGCAGGAUGGCUGUAUCAGUAAUUGAGCUUCCAAAAUUCCCAUCGGAAUAACUCCAUCUUAGUUUCACAUCUCUUAUCUGUUCAUAUGCUCUACAGAAAGAGGUGGGCAAAUUUAAAAAAAAAAAAAAAGAAAAUCAAGAAGGAAAAAGAAACUCAAAAAUCGGCAUCAAUUUCUUAUCAGAAAUUAGGAGAGUAGAAGGCAAUCCAUGUGGGUAGUACUACUGUGUAGGCAGUCCCGAAAUUCAUAAUUUAGUUCUCUCCUUCCUUUUAUGCAUUUAAAUUUGUUUUUCUCG